AUCCGCCGCCGCGUCGUCCAACAGACCGGUCUCGGAAAAAUGCCACGCAUAGCCAUCCUCGUCGUCGUCGGUAACGCGAACGGACUCGUCGGUAUGGGCGAGGGCAAGCAUAUCAACUUCCCGCAGGCGAUGAACAGGGCGUACUGUGAGGCGAUACGCAAUAUGGAUUAUGUCGAGAGGUUCGAGGAUAGGACUAUAUGGACCGAGAUGGAGUCGAAGCUCGGUUCCACCAAAAUUAUCCUGAGGCCGCGGCCGAUCGGGUUCGGUUUGCAUUGCAACCCGUAUAUUCACCAGAUCGCGAAGGCGGCGGGGAUUAAGGAUAUUUCGGCGAAGGUCUGGGGGAGUAGGAAUCCGAUCAAUGUGAUCAAGUUGAUGUUUAGGAUGUUGCAGGCGGGGAAUGCACCGGUGGCAAUGGGGAAUGGAGUUGGUGGAGGUGCGAGGAAGUUGGACAAGGGCACUGGUGUGAGGGGAAAGAAGGAGGUGGAGAGGGAAAGGGGAAGG